CUAAGUUCCAACGCGGUGCGACUUCCCGCAGGCGUCGCUCCAGUCGCUCGGGCUUUACGUCACUUCCGGCGCAUCGCGGACACCAAAUGACAAAGUUGCGCGCGUUGCCCUGGAUUCCGCAGCGCUGUUCCGCGACGACGGCCCGCAGUCCUACGCGGUCAUGUUCGUCAUCUCCGGGGGCCUCUCGUUGCUGGCCGGCGCGCUGUGGCUGCCAGGCGUCAAGCAGGAGAUGGACGAGGCCUACGGCAAGGCGGGCCACGGGAAGGCGGCAGACGCAGCAGGCACAGCGGCGGCAUACCCGGUCCUGGCAGAAGCCAGACAGGCCACAACUGAGUCAGGCGCUGCGAAACCAGAAGAAGCAAAGCCAGCAGCUGCCGAGCAAGGCCCCGCAGUGGACUUGACGCCUGCCGCCGCUGAAGACACCGCGGCCGCUGCGACAGCGGACGAUGCCAAACCGGGGCCCCCCAAGGGCGCGGUUCAAACUCUCGAGGCACAGGAACAACCUUCGGCGCCUGUUUCGAACGGCGCCCCGGGAGGUCUCUUUCUCUCCCGUGUUCCUGACCCGUCUUCCUCACGCUUAACCACGCUGCUUGACUAAUGAUGCAUUAUAACUUGCUGAGAGGUAACGUCGUCUGCAACAGAACUGCUAGUGUAACAGCUAUGAGGUUCAGCUUAUCACCAGAGAACUUUAGCUCGUCCGUAAAUAAAUAUUAGAGAGCUUUAGUUUGUGCGUAAACUUGUUAUAGUGUGUGCUGAUUACUGGGUCACAGAAUAAAAAACCAACUUCAUCGUAGCCGUGGACGACAGUAGAAGAGCUGGUAGUGACAUCAAGUGGCAUUUUGUCCAGUGCGAUUCAAAAGUAUUUUGCGUCGCGUCAGUGCUUUUCUCGUCGAAUGAAAAUAUCGAAGUAUUGCAAGUUAACGGUUAUCAUCACACAGACAAUUUUUUGUACCAGCAUGCAGUUAAACGUAAGUAGUGUACGUGAGUCGCUGCAGCAUUACCAUUGCGUGCCGUCUGGUUAGAAAUUGCGUCGACAGGUGUCGUUACCAGCGUUGUUGCUGACGUGUACGUCUGUCGUAAACUGGUAUUCUGCAAACGGCAAUACGUUUACAAACCACUAAAACUUCCUACUGUUCUUCGCAGAAAUAUAGGGUUACCUGUUACGCUUGCGUAAACGAUGACAUUAGAGGCACCAUCGUCUGGUGCAGGGUUUCACCAUGUAUGGGGACACAGAGCUACUGCUGCUAUGACCAACCGUACAUAUUCCUUCUAGCUGCCGUUGCAGAGAGUUGGAAGACACAGUCAACAAACAUUGCGUCGUCUGUUUCCGUUUCUAUUUUUUUUUUUCGUCAGACGAACGUUCACUUGACAAAAGCACCUCUAAUGCGUUGUGCUUGAACAAAGCAUGACAAGAUGUCGAAACCAGCAUUGCUACUGGCAACUGCGGUUGCGCAGUUACCCGAUAUUCCGUAAACGGUAGAAUGAUUACAGGCAAGAUAAGAAUAUCUCAAUCAAUCGAUCUAUGUGGUUUUCAUUGCAGCGUCUGUACAUAAAGAACGUGACGGCAAGAACAAAAAGCUGCUAAAUAGCAGCUUGACAUGGUUCUUGCCCCUAUCUCUUGGCAGCCAAAAACACACAUAUAAAUACAUUGCAUAAGUACUCAUGUUUUAGUUCGCAUAUAUACCAAUUUGUCAUAACUAAAGCAAGUAGAAAACCAGAACAGUAAGAGUACAAAGAAGAAAAAAACACAUCGAAAAAUAUACGUCAAUUACGAAAUACCCACAAAUACCCACCUAUCCUUAAGCAGAAUGAUGUUUCAACUUUGCGUCUUGCAUAAAGUUUACUACGAUCAUUCCUUACGUAACGACAUCAUCACGAUGCCGGCUUACCAGUUAUCUGUAUCGAUCAUCAAUACAAAGUUGGAUACAUUCGACGUAGCGCUAACGCUAGCUUUGUUCAAUUACAAUUCUGUCCCGUACAUCGCAACGCAGGAAUUGUCGACCCGUAGAAAUGGCGACGAUAACAAACUAGUCAAUUUAGACGCGCACUCAUGAAAGCCCUCAUGAAUGUUCUUGUAGAUUUGUAUUGUGCCUUAUAAUAUAAAUAGCUGCGGACCUUUGUCGGAGUAAUUUUUUAACCUGUGAUUGUAUUCUUUAAAUGCUCCUAUUCCUAUACUUAGAGUAUUGUAUACUUGGCUAUUAUUGUAUAUAGCCUACCUUACAUUCGCUAGCCUGUAUCAGCACUCCUGUCUAUAUUGCUUCGACAAAUGAGGGUCCUUGAGAUAAAUAAGAGAAACAUGCCCCGAGCAUAUAUUUUAAUACAUAGGCUCGAACAAAACAAAAGGCAGCUUCGUACCAACUAUGUCUUGGGAGUGAACAAUGCGCAGUGAUAGCUUCAACUGCUAAACGAUUUGUAGGUUUAUGUAUUGCAGUCUUAAAAACAACAAUGUAGAAUCACUAUAAUCUAC